CCACCGUGGUGCUGGAGCUGGACUGGGAGAUGGUCUUGGCGCCGCCGCCUUUGGACUGCGCCAGAUACUCCUGCAGCUGUCGGUUCAGUUCCGCCAUGACGGAGGAAGCUAACUGGCUAGCUGCUAGCUGCGCUUCUUCUUCGCUGCUUCCUAACCGCAGAACCUCCGCCGCCCCCCGGAGGACAGAAGAAGAAGCUGCUGACAUCCGGGUUAUUGUGUCGGAGUUCAUUGGCCGACCGACUGACACACACAGCCUUCUACGGCAUCACCGGGGGGGUUUGUGUUCACUCAGAGCAGCAAGCAGAAGAAGAAACAACGAGGCUGAAGUGAAGGAACCGACCGGGCAGCAGGUCGGCCUCAUGGCGGUGUCUCAGAUCACGCCCACCCUGUUCCUCAGCGGCGCCGAAGGCCCCCUCAACGCAGCGCUGGUGUCGCAGAAGGGCAUCACUCUGAUCGUCAACGCCACGGUCAGCCACGCCAGCCCCGCCUACCCGGGGGUGGAGUGUGUGCGGGUGCCCGUCUCCGACCUGCCCAGCGCCCGCCUCGGAGACCACUUUGACCGUGUGGCCGAGCGCAUCCACGGAAACCGUGCAGGGGGCACGCUGGUGCACUGCGCCGCCGGUAUGAGCCGCUCCCCGGCGUUGGUUAUGGCGUACCUGAUGCGUUACAGAGGCGUGACGCUCCGCCAGGCGCACCGCUGGGUCCAGGACAGUCGGCCCUACGUGCGGCUGAACGCCGGCUUCUGGGAGCAGCUGCUGCAGUACGAGAGGAGGCUGUACGGGAAGAACACCGUCAGAGUGGCGGCAGUCGAAGAGACGCCGAGGGUGACGAGGACCGCGCCGCCGCCACAGCAGACCAACUGGUUGACGCUGGUACCCAGGUCGCCUCUGGUGACCCGAGCAUCACUGAUGUCACGACCACAGGUGAUGACGCCGGCAACCAAGCGAAGAAGAGGAACCAAAUCCAGCGGCGUUAAAGUCUGAGCUCUGAGCGACCGCUGCACUCCAACUACAACAAACUACCCACGAUGCAACUCGACCACUGACAGACACCACCCUGACCUCCACAGCCGACUUCUGUACCCACUCACACGCCUCUCUGUAAGACGCACGCCGUCCGUCAUCAGCACGGGAUUUAAAUCUGGAGCUGUGUAAUCGUCCAAUAGGGACGCAGCGUCCCACUGCUGCAGCGUCCCACUGCUGCUAGCAUGUUAGCCGUUAGCUUUUUACCAGCUCGUCGUGCAAGAGGUCACUACAGCAGCGACGCACGCAUGAACUUUGGAGACCCUCUCUGACCGGGUCCGUUUCACAUCCGCCGCAGAAAGAAGGUUUGUGGGUCCAUCGCUUCUCGACCACCUGCUGAAAAACGGGUUUCCAGUUGCUGCUCAGGAUGUUGCAGACUUGGGACCUUGUGGACCGUAUAUAAAACAUCAGGGACUCAUCCUGAACGGGUGAAAACACUGACCUCACACAGAAGCUGCAGCAGAGCUAGCUAGCAGCAGUUAGCUUAGCAUUCACGCUUCAACGAGUGGCUGAACAUGUCGAUUAAAAAUCUGCUCGGCUGCAAACAUCUCGUCACACUGGAACGCAUUUUUGUGUCCCUUUUUUUAUGGAUGUUGCUAAUUAGCCAGCUGUACAGGAAGAUGGCGUCCCCCUUCUGAAUGUGGCUUCAAAGCUCUGAUUGGCUGGUUGGUCCAACCAGCUGACCUGUUUGUGGGCGGCGAUUCAGACGUCCGGCCGGACGAGUCUCUUUUCAAACUAAAAAUAAAAAUGUGACCGACUGAGUUUUGUUCUCUUGGGUAUCGUUUGAAAUUUUACGGAACCAAAACCAAAACCAGUUCCCUUAAAGUGACACGAUACCAGCAGAGUACUUUAAGUGACACCUUGUGUAAAAUGCCACCUGUUGAAGCCACAGUAGUUGAUCGGUGUCAUCCUUGUUGUUGUUGUUAUGGACUUGCAGGGCGACAUAUUUUCUUUUCUGUUUUAUUGUUUGAAAUAACUGUUGGAUAAAAAUAUUGGAAACUCGUAUCAGAUCUCGUCCUGAUCAGGUCGUCCAGACGUUCAGAGGAGGGACGACAGCUCGGGAGGUGUUUCCUUUAACGAGGGAGGACGAGUGAAACGGUUUAGUUCUCGCUGUGAUAAAGGAAUAUAAGUUAAGUUUCUGAUGCGUUUGUUUAAACAACGGAGAAUUAUUUUGUUAACUUUGGAUCAAUAAAUCUUAAAGAUCUCUGA